AUGGACCCUUAUGAGAAGCAAAAAGGUGAAAGGGACGAAUUUAAUAAUGAUGUGCAAGAGGAGGAAAAGAGCAAAGUAAUAAAUGAAAAAGGAAAUAAAAAAAAUAAAAGAAUUCAUAAUAAGUACUAUGAAGGCGAGAAUUACAAACAAGAAUGGAAAGACGUAGAAGGAGUUCACAAAAGAAGCAGAAAAUUUAGUGUCACUAGAAUUUAUGAUGAUGUAACAAAGGAGGAGGGGCAUAAUUCAGCACAAAAUCGAAAAAAGGGAAAAGCUAUUGAGAGGAGAUUAUCACCUCCAUUAUCCACAAAUGGAGAAGUUAACAAUUUUAGUGACAAUAACAAAGAUAGUUGCGAUGGUGCUAGCUAUGAAGGGGACGAAAAUGAUUGUCAUAGUAACUCAAGGAAUAAUAUCCGCUAUAGGGAGCACCUAUGCAAUCAUCAGAACCAGGAUAGGCAGAGCCAGAAUAAUCAUCACCACUAUGGUCAGUACCAAUAUGGUCAACAUCAGCAUCGUCAGCCCCACCAUUGCCAACAUGAAUACAACCAACAUCAACAUCACACGCGUGAGAAGGACAGGGAGAAACAUCAUAUAUGUAAGAUAACACUCCAUAAGGAACAUAAAAAAAUAACACCCAAGUGGAAAUUAAACAACCAUAGUAACAGUGUUCAUAGUGACAUAAGUUUUAAAAAAGAAAGUACUCCAUGUGAAGAUGAAUCAACUGCAGAUGAACACAAACCUAAAAAAAAAUGUAAUAAAAUGCAUAAGUUAAAAAUUAAAAGAAGUAAUUCCCCCAUGAUGUAUCAUCAUGAUGAAAGGAGAAAACAGUCAUCUCCUGUUAGAAAGUGUAGUCUUGACCUAUCUGAUGGCGAAAAAUCGGAAAGAAGUUUAUUAAUAAAAAAUAAAAAAAACAAAAAGGAAGGAAAAUACAUAAAUAAGGAUAAAAAGAAAUACCAAGAGUGUAGUGACAUGAAUGAAUCUGAAGAUUCUCAUUUUAUGAGUUCUACUUAUAUCCAAAAAGAAGAAUUGCAAGGGAGAAACGUGGACACCGAGCGUGGUGCCACUUUGAAUGAGAGCAACAGUAUUUCCAGAGGAAUUUAUCACAUUGAUGGAUAUAAGAAGGCCAUCGCUUUCACAACCACAUCUUCAACGUAUGCUGAGAAAGACAAUUUAAAAGAUAGAUCGAGAAGAGAUUAUCACCAUUCUUUUGAAAAGAAAAGGUAUAGAAACAGUUAUGACGUGAUCUCUCCAUAUGAACAAAGUCAUUUGCUACCUGUAGGAAAAAGGGGAAGGAAGAUUCUGCAUGAUCAUGCAGAAAAUGAGACAGAAACGCGACCAAAUGGUGAACACAUAUCUCCUGAGUCAUUGUGCAAGGAUGAUGAGACGUCAAGUGAAUUUAAAAAGAAUCCAAAGCUGUAUGAUAGUGAAGAAAAAAAAAAAUGCGGGAAAAGGAAACGAACAUGUCGUGGUAGGAGUGGAAGUAGAAGCAAGAACAGAAAUAGAAGUAAGAGUAAAAGUAGAAGCAAGAGCAGAAGUAGGAGCAAGAGCGGAAGUAUAAUAGGAGUAGGAGUACCACGUCUCGGGAGUGAGAGUGAAAAGCUAAGAAAAGAAGAAGAUCAUAGGGAUCAUUCUUACAACAGAAGAAAAAUGGAUUAUUAUUCUAAUUAUGAAGAAUAUUUUAUGCAUCAACAUAGAAAGGAAUACGAUAAGAAAAGAGAUAAGAAGAAGGAUUGUGAUAAAAAUGAAGGAGAUUUUCACGUGGGAAAAAAAUAUAAAAAGGAAUUAUUAUCGAAAGGAAGUAACGUGGAGGAGGAAGAGAAGGGUGAUGAUGAUGACACAUCUCGCAAUGGAAGAGUAGUAUGUACGAAUGAUAAUGAUUAUAUUGAUGAAAGGGAUAAUUCCAUUUUACAAAAAAAAAAAAAAAAAUAUCAACAAAGCAGAGAAGAAUCGAAAGAUCAGCCUAUAGACAAUCACAGAAAAAAAAUGAGUCAUUCUAACAGUUGGAGCCAGGAAACCAAUUCAGAUUAUGAUAAUAAUACCCAUGAAAAGGGUGAUAGAAAUGAGAAAUAUCAGAAGAACAAUAUUGAAUGUAGAGUUAAAAAAAGAGAUAAGAGAGAAAUGCGUGAAGUUGGUCUUAUAUGUGGUAGUGUUGAUGAAAAUAGGUACGGUCGCACGCACAAGGAGGAAUAUUAUGAAAGGGAAAGUAAUUUCAAUAAAGGUUACAAAAGAUAUAAAGAAACGACAGACAAUGAAGAAAAACAUCCCUCUAAAACUUGUUACAGUGAUUAUUACAGAAGUAGAAAAUGUGAAGAUGACUAUGAAAGCGAAAAUGAGAACAUAAAAGAACAAAAAAAUGAGCACAAAAAUGAGCAAAAAAAUGAGCAAAAAAAUGAGCAAAAAAAUGAGCAAAAAAAUGAACACAUGAACGAAAACGAAAGCUGCUAUAAUAAUUAUGAAUUUUAUAGUGACUCUUCGGAUGAUGAGUUAAAUAAUAAUAAAAACAAAAUGAUAAAAUAUGUUCAGGUUGACAAUAUUGUGGAGAUUGAGUUGCCCCAGGAUGCAGAUUUUACCAAUUGGAUAAAUGAAGAAUUGGAUCCGGAGGAAACAGAAAAGGGCGACAAAAAGGUGGUAGACAUGGUAGAUGUGGUAGACGUGGUAGAUGUGGUAGAUGUGGAAGGUGCGAGGGAAGAAGCACAACACAAAUGCAACACAAUUCGCAUCAAAUUUAGAAACUCUUUUUUGAGAAAAUUUGUUUUAUAUGGUGAAAGGUAUGCAAAGGACACAUCGGUGCAUAGUGGUGAGCGAAAAUUUUCGUGUACCCGGAAUAGGAGCAUAAAUAGCCGUACCUCAGAAGAGAACACAUAUAAUGAUAAAUAUACAACAUCUGAUUAUGUUAUUAACAAUAAAAAAAAUGAAAAUAAAGAGGAGAAAAAACAAGAUAAUUGUUCUUUAUCAAAUAAAUAUUGUGAUCAAUCCUCAGAAAAAAAAAGGGGAUCAUGUAGCGUUCUAUCCAAAUCACCCGAUUCAUGCAGGCGACAAAAUAGUGGCAUGAGUGAUAAAAAUUAUUACAUCAAAUAUCGUUCAACGAAUGAGAGGUAUACAAAAUCAUCCAUUUUAAAUCGUGAAGUGAUUAGAAUUCGCUCGACCUCGGUUUCUACCGUACACGACUCAUGUGCAGAAAGUCCAUGUGAUCGUGAUAGGAAGCGUAGGAUCAAGAGGGAAUUAAAAUCGGGAAAGAUGAAGAGGAAAUAUCUGGAGAAUUCUCAGAUAAGAGAAACUGUAGGUAGAGCAGACAACACAGGUUCUAGGAAUAGCAGUAGCGCAGGGAGUAGAUGUAGAAACAUGACAAGAAGUAGAAGUAGAAACAUGACAAGAAGUAGAAGUAGAAACAUGACAAGAAGUAGAAGUAGAAGCAUGACAAGAAGUAGAAGUAGAAACAUGACAAGAAGUAGAAGUAGAAGCAUGGCAGGAAGUAGACGUAGAAGCAUGACAGGAAGUAGACGUAGAAGCAGAUGCAGCAGCGACAGCUCAGGAAGGGGUAGUAACAUGUUUGAUCGAGGAAAACCAGUUCAAGCCAAGGCAUUUUCUAAUUAUAAUAAGAACAAGACUAUCUUACAAAACGACAAGGCAUAUGACAAAAUCAGAUCAAAAAAGGGAAAGCAAGAAUCACAAGAAGAAAAGAAGUAUGUCUCGAAUAUUGUAUGCCAUUCCGAAUACACGGACGAAGGUAAGAAAUCACAUGAAGAAAAGGUUUUACAUGGGAGAGAGAAAAAGGAUGAUAAAGACAAUAAAAAUCAUAAGCAUAUGAACAUAUUGGAAGAAAACAGCCGUUUACAUGUCGAAGAGGAAGUAUCAGUGAACACCUGGAGUAGUACGCAUGAAUUUGGGAUCGUGCCAAGUUACAUAAAUAAGAUAAUAAAGAAUAUGAACAGUUCAUACGAAAUAAAUGAACCCAUCGAUAUGUUAAACUUAAACGCUGGAAAAUCCUUUCGUAUCCCCAAAAUGUUCAAUUUUGUUAAUAAUGUGAUGAGCACACAUAAGUUUUUGGAAUUUUUAGAAAAAAGAAAAGAAGCCAAAAGAAAAUGGAAAAUGGUCAUCAGGAAUGUUAUACAGCAGGAAUUCAGAAUUUUGACUAAUUCUAUAAAUCACGAUGUGAAUGAAGCGAAAAUAGAGUACUUAACAAAUUCACUAAGAUCUAUGUAG